GAGCAGUACGUCAUCACGUCACAUGGUAAACAUCAUGGCUGGUUCCUUGUUCGUUUGUGUGUUUCCCGAGCCACGAAAAAAGCUAGAUUUUUAUGUAUAAAACAGCUGAUACAAACUUUAUCUAUUUUCUUUUGUAUUUGAUUUACACUCGUCUGUCCUUCCUCGGCGAAAACCAGCACAGCAAAAGGUGUCUUCGUUGUUUAUUUUGAUAUCUACGUCGCAUAAAUCCAGGCUUCCUGGUCAGUUUUAAGGUUAAAAUCAUGGCUUCAGCGUUUGUCGUCGGAAAUAAAUUCAGAAAUAAAGUGACAGAAUUGUUGGAAAACACAGACUCGUCUUUGCCUCAGCGACUAAGAGAGGAACUUGAGGAUAUUCUUGAAAGAGAGGAACCAAAAACCCUGCCCUUCAGUACAGCAAGAAAGCUCAAGAAGUACCUUCAGGAAAAUGGUAAAGAGGCUACAAUUUUAAAAAGCUGUAUUCUAAUGCAAUGAAAGAAAUAAAGUCAGCAGAAAUAUUGCUUUAGUAAUACCUGAUGUGUUUUUCUUUACAGGACACCCUUUCUACCUGCAUGAGUUACUGGAGGACAGCUCAUUACACCUGCCUGAGUUUGUACAGCCUCCAAGAGUAAGCUGAUAUAUAUAUGUCAUUUCUUAUUUGUGUGUUUAAGCCAUCACGACCAGCCGUACAAAAGAGAGGAGAAAAGCGCCACACCUUUCCUUGAAUUAAUUGUCUUGAGUUCCUUGAAUUGAGUGUCUUGGCAAAAUUGCACAAAGUUUUUAAGUUUUGCAUCUGUUAAAAUUUAAUAAAUUGCUAUUUUAUGUUUUAUUUGAUUCAGAACCACACAAAACGAUAAUUUAUUCUUUCUAUAAUUUGUUCUUUUUUCCGUUAAUUUCAGUGUCACACAAAGACCUCUGCUGAAAAGGGUUAAAAUAAAGUUUUUGCUUUUUAUUUUCCUCCAGAAUCCUGAGCUGGUGGCACGUCUAGAGAAAAUAAAAGCAAAACUAGCCAAUGAGGAAUACAACAGAAUCACACGCAAUGUGAAUGCUCAGGUACAUUUUUGUAUGUCUUAAAUAUACACCAUUAAUAAUCACUUUUUUUGCCUUGAAGUGAGCAACAUGUUACAUCUCAUGUCUUUGCUGGUGCCUCUUAGCAAGAGAGAUGGCAUUUAUUCAUUAGGUCAACUUAACAAACUUGGCCAGAAUGGAUAUAUUCUAUAUGUGAUUAUAAAUGAGGACAUUGUGUUUUUGGACAAAGUUUUAUAGUUUAAGUUUACUUAUACUGAAUGUUGUAAACUGCAGGUAGCCUUCAUUGUUCCAACAAAGACAAAGAAGACUCAAAGUUUUUGUGUUUGCACUGUUUUCAUGAUUAAGUACAUUGAAGGUCUGCUUAUAUUUGACUAUUUAUUUGCUUUUUUGUUCACAGGAACUUAACCGCAAUGGAACAUUAGCAGAUAUUGGACUGCAAGGUCAGCAUUAUGCGUGAAUGCACAGUUCAUUAUCAUAUCUCAGCAAACAGAGGCUCAGGCUGUGUUAAAAUUCCAUGUGCUAAGAUUUAAUAAUGUACCUGAAUUUGACAAUUACAGACCUUUACCUGUAACUGUCUCCAGAAUCAGCUACCUUAAAUGCUCAGAGAACUUGUGACUACACUCAUAAAGUUAAAGUUAAAGUAUUUGAAUCCACCAUCCAUCCAAGACAUUCAGAUGUAUUUUGCAAAUUGUACUUCAUGAGAUCAAUUCUAACCUAAUUUCCCUUUUCUUUGCUCAGUGCGAUCAGCCAAAGCGGUGGUGGUGACUGUUUUUAACUUCCUGGUCACAGUGAUCGCCACUUUUGCCUGUUCAUACAUGGGGAGUCAAUACCUGUUCACUGACACGGCAGCGGUAAGAAAUAUUCAGGAAGUAAACCUGGGAAAAUAAUUUGGAAUUUGCUCCAAAGUUACAGCUAAGCUAAGGUAGCUGUCAUAACUGAUUGAUGGUGCAUCAAGAUUUAACUUGAUGCACCAUCUUCACUUCUGUGGAUUACUUUUGUAACAUACAGUUAUUGUUGUUAAUUUUUUCUGCUGUCCAUCUUUUAUUUUUACCCACUGUAAACCAAUCAAACCAAUAACAAACUAACAAGACUUCUCAAAGCAGACUGAUGUGAUUACAUUAAGUUGACCUGAGUCUUAACCAUAGCAACAGAGAGAGCAACAGGCUGCUAAUGAGAAAUAACAGACUGUUGCUAUGGAGUUUUGACCUAUCAGAGUGCAGCCUUAACGAAAACUGUGCAAUAGUAUAAUAAUUUCUCUAUCAGUUCUUGUGCAGACCACUUUUGAUGCUCUACUGAAUGUGCUGCCAUUUUUUCUGUAAUGUACAUCUUAAACAAAUAUUUUCUCAGUGCAGAAACAUAUACACUAGCACAUGUGCCUCUGCUAGCCUUUAUCAGAGAACAAUGUACAUAUGUAUCAAGAUGCUAAUUUUUGUGCUAGGUUGCACUGAUCUGAAAAGCAGUGUGUGUGUGUCAGCUUAACUGUCUUUGUUAUUUUGGACGCUUGUUUUUCAGAGAGUGAUAUCAGCUGUGAUCGCUGCUUCAGUAGUCGGGCUGGCUGAGCUCUACGUGCUGGUCCGGACCAUGGAGGGAGAACUGGGGGAACCUUAGCAGCUGUGCAAAAAAAAGCAUUUUUGGACAAUGAAAGUCUCACUAAGUCUGCUGAUCCAGAGCACACAUGUGACUGUGCAGCAGAAACUUAGCAGGCUUUCUUUUUGUUUUGAGAUGACAGAAAUAUCAGAGGAGUUAGGAGUUGUGUUAAAUUAUGGAUGUUGUGUAAAUUGCUGGAACUAGAAGUAAUUAUUGUAAUAAAAUGUGUCGAUAUGCGUUGUGAUGUGUGUUCAUGCUUUGUGAUCAUGUAGCAGCUUUGUUAUAACAUCAACAUGAUUAUGUGAUUUUGUAUUUGAAAUAUUUCCCCCAAUUUUUUUUUUAAUUUUGUACUUUACUCCAUGAUAAUUUCCCCCAAAAAGCCAUCGUUCUUGUCCAAACUUGUUUAUUCAGGAUUUAUUCAAAAACUGUCAUGAAGAAAAGAUAAUGUUUAUUUUAAUUACUUUGUAAGCUCAAUUUCCAAAAGGACCUACAAAUGUAGUACUAAAGUGCAGGUCAGCGUAACAAGUUCAGUUUCACAAAGUUUGUAAAGUUUGGCAGUGAAGCCGUCAGCAAACAAACUCAUCGAGGAAAAGAUGGUUAAGGCUUUUUUAGCCACAGACUCAUACAAUUUGGUGAUUAGGUGAGAUUUUUCUGGCCAAAAAACAGUUUAAAAAGUGGUUCCAUUUUUUUUUUUUUUUUUACCCCAAUGAACAAGCUUUUAUUCGUUUCUUUUCUUAUAAAGGUCAGAUCUCAAUUACUAAAUUUAUUACCUGCUUUUGAAGGCUUUAAAACUUUAAUUCUCUUACAGCUGCAAAAUUAGUUCCUUAAUUCCACAGUUGGUAGCACUUCCAUGGCAACAGUCUUUUUUUUUUUUUACCUUUGUGGUAUUAAUGAACUUUAAACAUAACAUUUUUAUUCUUUAUCAUACAAAGCAUGAUGCAUAAAACAACUUCAGCAUUAAAUGAAGCGCUUCUGCCUGACACUCUUAGUAUGGGGUCAUCGUCUGUUACUCAAUCAGCGCUGAAGUCCAAACCACACUCCUCAGUGUCAGCUCAUCAGUAAACAGUUGGAAAUAAAUGGUUAAAUCAUAUUUAUUCAUGGAAAAAUGUACUCAGUAGACCAUGUGUGCAGCUGUUUCAGUAGUUGUUUGUUCAGACUUUGCUGUUUUGUUGCGCUUGUUUUGACCCUUUUGAAUAACCCACCAGCUGUGGUAUCAGUUAAUAAUAUUUUCUUGAAAGAUUUUAUCCUCCAGCUGGCAGAUGUGGAAAUAAUUGUCAUCUGAUCUGUACUUACUGUAUCUGGUGAAUUUGAAGUGAAUUAUAGAGCCAACCAGCAGAUGAAAACAAACGAUUAAUGUUACCCAGGGGUACAGUAGCCGUGCUGACAGACUUAUCAUCCUCUGAACAAUAACACCGUGUAUCUUAGCUCAAAACAAUCCUACUACAGCACACGGUCUGUGUUCGCUGAUCCUUUCUCCAAAUAUGAUUUUUUUGUAAACUA